AAAAGCUGGCAACACUGUAACGAACGGUCCGAGAACAUUGAAACAUUGAAAAUCAAAAAAUCGCAGAAAACGCAGGCGAAAACGCGAAAAUCGAGAAAGGCGUAGAAUUCAACGCCUUCGCCAGCUAAAAAUCGCAAAAUCGCGAAAUUAAAAACCAAAAAACGAAACAAAAUCCAAAUCAAAAAUAUCCUUCAAGCUCAAAAAGAAGAAACAUACAAAAAUCCAGGACUUCGAGUGUGUCAAAAUCGAACAAAGGCGAAAAGUCGGAUUACGGAUUAUAUAUAUAUAAAUACGUAUAUACAUAGAUAUAUUGCUUGUAUAUAACGCUUGAUAACGGGACACUCGAUUUGCCUUUUAUCCUUGGCGGCUCGCCCUUUGUUGUUAUUGUAUUAUUAUAAUUCACUGCAGGAUGUUGUCGCUGUCGUCGCCGCCGUGGCUAUUGCUGCUCCUUGUCCUUUUCUUCUUCGCAAAUGGCUCGGCAACGGUGAUUUCCCUAGCAGAGAAUGUGACACUGGCGACGAUUCCUUCUUCCUCCCCAGUUUCUGUGAGCUUUAGCACAGCCUCCUCUUCGUUGGCGGUAGCCCCCAUUUCCAGUGAAUUGGAGAAUCAAACAGUCAGCAGUAGCAGCAACCUUAAUACAAACAACGAAGCCAGCGAUGAACAAACUGGCAAUACCAACAGCAACAUCAGCAGUCACAGCAGCAACAUUAGUUUGCUUAGCAGCAAUAUCAACACUAGCAAUGCCAACAGCAAUUUAAGUUCAGUUUCCACUUUGAGUACAACGACAGCUGCCAAUUCUGGUGGAGAUCAACAACAACAGCAGGAUGCAUUGAUCCUGGCCACGCCCACAGCUCUGAAUGGCAGUAGUACGCCCCAUGAACAUCAGACAAUUGGCCAGGCUCCACCCACAAAGGGCGAACAGGAGGCAAUUCUGCGAGCUUUGGAUUGGUUAAAGGAAAAGCGAGCAUCCGAUUAUGGCUGGGGCAAUGAUACCCAUGUCGUUAUCCUGGCCAAAGAGCUAUCAGGCGGUCGAGAUCCCAACGACAGUGUAGAUGGACAUGUUCAGGUCAUUCAAGACUUGGAGGAUACACUAUCCGUUAAGGAAAUGGAGAUCGAGAUAUUGGCCAUGCUGGAUCGUCAUCAUACUUUACCGAAACCCUUGGAUCUCGAUAAACUGGCUAGAUAUGUUCUAGCCUUGGGUUCGCUUUGUAAAGAUCCAAAACAUUUCCAUGGCCACGACCUGGUCGCCACACUGCAGCAUCAUGAACCGGCCCAGGAUAUUGAAUUCGCUCUCACCACUCUGUCGGCCUGCAGUUCGGCUGCUCAUGUAAGGAAACGUCAGAUCCGAAGACUUCUGGACAUUGCCAGUGGUGUUACGGAUCAGAGCGUUGAUGCCAUUGCCAUGGUGAUCCUGGCUUUGAGAUGCAUCGUAACCGAUCAUCGCCAUCGACAUUUACAGCACUUUGUCCGUCGACCGGCGAGGGGAUUGGCCAGUCUGCAGGAUCAACGUGGAAGCUUUGGAUCGCUAAGGAGUACAGCGUUGGCUAUGCAGGCUCUGCAAGAUCUGGAAUAUGAUCCGGCAGGACAUUGGAAUCGCACGGCCGCAUCGCGUUACAUCCUCAGUCGUCAACGGGCGGAUGGCGGCUGGAGCGAGGAACCGCUGCAGGAUGGUCAAGAACCCGAUAUCGGAGUAGGCCUUACAGCGGACAUUAUCCUUGCUCUGGGCUGGAAGGGAUUGGGUGCUGUACGAGCACUACAGUGCGACCAUGUGAUAAGAGAAAGCAGCGAUCCCACGGAGAACGGUGAACCCAAAUUGGCGGUACCCUUUGGGCUAAGUUCCUCCGCCGAAGAAUCGGAUGCCAAGAACAUCUCCUACACAUACACACUAUGGGUGGGAUCCAAUGUGACCGAGGCCUUCUCCCUGUCACUAAUCUCACCCAAGAACACAAGCUUCUUUAAGGCCAUGACCCAAGCGGCCGAAAUGGAUCCCAGAUUUAUUUUCGAGGCGCGGGAAUGGCCAAAUGGUCACUAUGUACACACCCUGUAUGGCAAGAAGGAGGAGCCCCGAGGGUAUCACUACUGGCUGCUUUAUAGAUUGCCAGAGCUGCCCGAUCCCAAUAAUACGCCCGGGAAUCAGCUUAUUGCGCCUGUUGGUGUGGACGAGCUAAUGGUCGAGGAUGGGGAGCACUAUCUGUACUGGUACAAGAAGCUCUAAGCACGCGGCCUUAGACGGAGCUGCAGUUUAACCCACUAAGCAAAGUCGAUAUAACACCCGGUGCUAUUGGACUAUAUCUAAUUAUAUAUAUGGCCAUAGUAACGUCUCACACACACACACAACACACACGCAACAAGCAACAAAAAAAAAAAAAAAAAAGGCAAACCCACUCGCCCAGGAAUAGCUGUAUGUAUGUAAGUCUUUGGUAUGUGUAGAUAUUCCUGAGUGGGUGUAUUGCUUUCUCUAUAUAUAUUGCAUAUAUAACUGCAUAAUAAUGGCGUAAUCAAAAAACAAAGAGAAAACAAAGAAAAAAAGAUAUGAAAAAAAUAAGACACCUAAAAAAAAAAAAGAAAACCAAACAAUACACAGAAAAUCACAUAAAAGAGAGUGAAAGAUCGGUGAAAGGAGGUAGCUGUGGAAGCCCAGAUUUCUAACGGAUAACUAGGAUAUAACACCCUAAUAGUUAAUUGCUCUAGACCUCACAACUGAUCUCGAUUCGGAGCACCUCAGGCUAAUACUUAUGCAUAACGAUAACGAUAACGAUAACGAUAACUAAAAAACAAACGAUAACAAACCAAAAAGGGAAGAGAGACAGAGAGUGUGUGAUGAAAACCAAAAUGUAACGACUUAUAUGCACUAACAGCAGGCAUCGAACGGUUAGCCGUUGACUAACGGUAGCAAUCCGUCCGUUUUAGGCCCUCUCAAAUGCUUCGCUUCGCAGCUAUCGAUGCUUAUCGAUUGUCCGUUAUCGGUGGCAUAUUCGGGCGAAUCGUUUGUGCGAUAAGCGAUAACUACUAUUUCGUUGCUCGUUUAAAACACCCAAAACAAAAAAAAAACCAAAAAUCCAAAACAGAAAACCAAAAAUGCUUUAUAUGUUAUUGAAGUAAGAGAGUAGGGGAAGAAGAAGAUAAAGAAGAAGGAACGAUCUGAAUCGGAUCUGAAUCGAUCUGAAGAUAGACAAAAAACGGAAGUGGUGAAGAGAGAACAGAUGAAGAGGCCAUCGAGCUAGUCCAAGCGAAGCAUGUUAUACCAAACACCGUACGUAACAAUAAGUGAUUGAAAAUCAUCCUUAGACAUACACACAUACUGCAUAAAUCGAUAUAUACAUCUUGCAUAUACAUUUAAAAAGAAAAAAAAACAAAAUGAAAUAUAUAAAAACAAAAAAAAACUAGUUUUAUAUGAAGUUAAGCGAACGAAGGCCGUGGCAUAUAUUAUAUAACGAGUAUACAGGAUAGCGAAAAGGAGGAGAGAACGAUUCUACCCCAGCCCAGGACAACACUAUAUACAAAACGCUCUACUUAUAUGCCUGUCAAAAACUAUUCACUCCCCAUUAUUACAUACAUACCAUACCCAUACAUACCCAUAUACCCAUACUACCCGAUAUAUUAAAUUAACACAUAUUAUACGUACAUGCUAUCUAUCCCCGCCCUUAAAGAAAAAAAACAUACCUACUCAUUAUACAAACUUAUUACUCAUCGCCUGAUCACACCACUGAUUCACCACCUCAUCAACAUCCAACAUAUUUCUUCACUUAUCAAUCGGAAACUUCAAGCCGUGUUGAUCUUAAAGCCUAGCCUAACCGAAAACUACAACUACUAAAAACUAACUACUUGAGAUCUUUAAGUGCAGCAGCGAAUCCAAAACUAAACUAAACAUUACUAACCUAGCGAUCUAACUAACUCGUUUAUAUUUAUAAGCAUGAAAUUGAGCUUUUUAAUUGUGCAGAACCCAAAAUUAGAACACGAAAAACUACAAAAACUACAACAACUACAAAUACACCGACACCGACACCUAGAACACUGAUAGAAAAAACGAAGAAAGCAGCGUAGGAUUUGAAGAAUGUGUUAUAUUGUAUGUUUUUGAAACCCCCCAGUAUGGUCUAACCCAUCUAUGAUAAAACAUAGAUUUAUUUUUAAAUCCCAGAAAAUUUCAAGCGACAGCAACAGAAAAUACAUUUGCAGAACUUUCGAAUUUAGUAGAUUUUCAAUUUGCUUUUCAACUUUGAUCCAAUAGAUCAGAUAUAUUGAUUUUACAAAUUUCAAACCUUCUAAAGUUUUGAAAGUUUAUCUGCAUUUCGUAUUCACUGUUGCUGACUCCUUAUAUUCUGUUUGGUGAGUGGAGAAAGUAACAAGAACAAGCGUGAAUAAACAUCAAAAUAAUUGAAAACUA